UUGCCACACGUUCAUUUCAAAUUUGACUUUUGCGCUAACGAACGUCGUGGAGAACGCAUUAAACGAGGAAAACGACGCUGCAACAUUUGAAACAUACAAAUAAAAAGUCGAAGACAGCAUUAAAAAAUUAAACGUGCAAAGCAAACAUUACCAACGACUGCACAAUAUGCUGGGAGCCGUUGUUAACACACAAAUGACAACAAUGCGCAAUAGCGCAGUCGCCGUCGCAGCCUUGGCAAACAACAAAGGACAACAACAGCAGCAGCAGCAGCAACAACAAGUGGUGGCCUCGAACUUAACUGAGAUAAUGAGGAAAUUGCAAGUGGAUUAUGGCAACUACAAAUACACCGUUUAUCGAUGUGCCAGCAAAUUUGUUGCCCUGCAAAAGAUCUUUCACACUGGCAAAAUACCGUACAAACUGGUGCUGGCCAUAUUGGAACGCCAUGGAAUGCCAGGAAGUGGCGGCAACUGUAAUCUAAACUUGAUGGUGCCACCCUUUCAGCUCACCUCGCUGCUCCACGACAUUUAUUUCGCCUGCGAGAAACUGGGACAUUUCACCAAAACUACCAACUAUCAGCUGGAAACGGCAACGGCCCUAUUGGCCAACUUCUUCUGGAAUAUCUAUGAUCCUCAGCGUCGCCAUUCGAUUUCGCUGCUGGAGAUCAAGGUUACAUUUUUGCUGCUCUGCAAACUAUACAGCAGCGAGCACAUGAUUGCUGACUUUUACAGUUUGCUGGCGGAUGGGCGGAUCACGCAAUGCGUUUCCCGUUACGCCUUCGAACAGUUGCUGCUGACGCUGAGCAAGCUGCUGUCGUAUCUGGGCGAAUCGAAGGCAUAUGGCGCACACAAUUUGCCAGCAAUGCUGGAGCAAUGCUUUGCCCGGUGUCAUCACGGUGUCGCCGGCCUCGACGAGCAACAGUUUCACAGCCUGUGGACCCAGACACAGACACGUUUCCUCAUCUAUGGCAAUCUGUUGGCGCUGAUCAAACGUAUCGAGGACACCGAACAUUUGAUCCAUAGCAAUUCGUGUGCUGGCUGUCGCAGCGAGCACAUCAUUGGCAUCCGUUUCAAGUGUCAGGUGUGCCGGGAUCUGUCGCUGUGCUUGCCCUGCUUUGCAGCAGCGGCAACGCAUGUGGCAUGUGGCAAGCACGAGGCAUCGCAUCGCAUGUGCGAGGUAUUUGUCGAGGAUCAUCAGCCGCAUCCACGUCGCUGGACCCAUUAUCUGUCUCGUCUGUGCAACUGGUUCGCCUACCACGCCCACAAGACCCAGCGUGCCGAUGCCGAGGAGGAGGAGCGUCGCGGCUUCUGCAAUGCACAAGAGAGCACAGGCACUGGCAGCGUCAAUCAGCCGAGCAAUGCCACCGAAUUGGCGCCCAUUCCAGCCGAGACGCGCAGCAUUCGCAGCAAUUCCACGUUGCCCAUGAAGACGCCUCUCCCUGAGAAGACCAUCAAUCACCAGCAGCAGCAGGCACAACAACAACCACCACAACAAGAGCUAUGUUCUCUAACUGGCCUCGCCAGCAAUGCUUCGGAGCGUAUGCAGUCCAUUAUCGAUCGUCUGCUGCUGCAGAACACUAAGCUGGAGACGCAACUGCAACACUUGGCGACCACAUCGAGCACACAAAUCUCCGAGUUUCUCAGCGCUCAUCAGAGCUUCUUGCUGCACAUCAUCGAGGAUAUGCGUCAGCUAUCGGUUUGUUGCUUUGAUUGUUUGAUCUGGAAAACAAACACACACCAACAUCUCUCUUUCUCUCUCCCUCUCUCUCUCUCUCGCUCGCUAUCUUUGUUGUUGCAGCGCGCAUCUUCAGCAGCACCGUUGAUUAGCUCGACAUUUUUGAAUUCCAGCACACCGCAACGAUUGCCGCUGCCCGUCGGCCAGGCGAUGUAUGACAUUUAUGCGCCAGUCGGCGCCAACUUGACACAUUCCAUCAACGGGGCCGAGCUGAAUCGCAGCUAUUUGGAGGCAAACAAAUCGGAUUACUCGCUGAGCGACAUCAGCUUAUGGUUUGAUCAGCGUCGUUCCAGCAUGCAACACCAGCAGCACCAACAGCAGCAGCAACAACCACAGCAGGCUGGCAUGCCGCUGGGUGCAUUGCUGGAGCAGUCGGUCAAUCUGGAUGUGCGCGACACGGAAAUGGUCAACUUUAGGCUGCUGCUGCACAAGGUCAAGGAGAUUGUCGAGGACUCGUACAGUGACAAUGCCGAAUUGUCGGCGGCCACACAGAAUCUGGAGAAUGUCCUCGACAACAUCAUCAAGGGCGAGGAGCAACAGAGACGCAGCAGCUGCAGCGCCAGUGCCAGUGCCAGCGACCGAAGUUCCCAACGUGCAAUGUCCUAAAAAAAAAGAGAGAAGAAGAAGAACCAUCCAUUUUAUGCCUUAAAUUCAGUUAACUAUUACUUAACAAAGGUCUGCCUAGAAAUGCUUUAAAUUAAGCUAAGUAUUUUAUAUGUUCUAAAACAUUGUUAAUUAUACAAAAAUAAUGAACAAUUGUCGCUUGACAAUUUGAGCAAUGCUGUAUUUUGUGGCAUAUAUCCUGUUUAUGUAUAUGUAUAUCCUUCAGGAUAAACA